AUGCGUUUGUCAAAAUGCCUAAAGAAGGAUAUUAUUGCAAAAUAUUAUAUGCAGUACGACACUGACACUUGCGAGGAAAUUCAGAGCGUAAACAGGACCUCGGAGGACAAAGAUCAGCGGACCUACCGCUUGCGGCCCAAGGAAGCAAUCAAUCUUGUUGAUAUUGCAUGGUAUAUGAAUGAACACAGCAAAUUUGUACACUCAUUGAACGGCCGGGGUUCCACGUGCGAAUUCAACGGAUACGUUCAAUUGGAUGAAAGUGGAGGAAGUUCUGAGCCAACAGGCCACACAUCACAGUCCUGCUUCCCUUGA